GGAGGUUGGCCGCCUCGUUUGCCUCCAGGAAGUCCGAGAAGGAGAAACAUUGACUCUAGCAACGGCAGCCGCACCGAGGUGAACUAGUCGCCUAUCAGCAACAGGUCGCCGAGCCGAAAGCGACAGGCAUGGCGAGCCUCAAGCAGCAGCGCAACGCCAAGAACACCUCUGGAGAUAUCCAUGUGGACUGCAGGAAUGAGUUCCAAUUCAAAGAUGGACAGCAAAACUUCACAGAAGCAGAUGCCAUUGAUAACAGAAUCCAGCUCUUUGAUCCAGCAAUGGAGUACAAAAUGAGCCACAAGAGAAGAGGAAUUGCUCUGAUCUUCAAUCAUGAGAGGUUUUUUUGGCACUUAACAUUACCAGACAGACGUGGUACUUCUGCUGACAGAGAAAACCUGAAACGCAUUUUGACUGAGCUUGGAUUUGAAGUGAAGUGCUUUGAUGACCUUAAAGCAGAAGAAGUGUUACAAAACAUUUACAAUGUGGCCACAGAGCAGCAUGACGAUGCAGACUGCUUUGUGUGUGCUUUCUUGAGCCAUGGAGAAGAUGAUCAUGUUUACGCCUAUGAUGCUAAAAUAAAGAUACAGUCAUUGACCAGCAUGUUUAAAGGAGACAAAUGCCCGAGUCUUGUAGGGAAGCCAAAAAUCUUUAUAAUUCAGGCGUGCCGAGGAGAUAAGCAUGAUGACCCAGUCCUCUUUCAUGAUACAGUGGACAGCAAAAAAGAGUCAGAAAUAAAUGAGAUCACGGUGGAUGCCGCUGCGGUGUAUACAUUACCUGCUGGCGCUGACUUUCUCAUGUGUUACUCUGUAGCAGAAGGGUACUAUUCUCACCGUGAGACAGUAAAUGGUUCUUGGUAUAUUCAAGAUCUCUGUGAGAUGCUAAGAAAGCAUGGCUGUUCCCUGGAGUUUACAGAGCUACUGACAUUGGUUAACAGAAAGGUGUCUCACCGCAGAGUGGAUGUAUGCAGAGAUCCACUUGCUCUGGGAAAAAAGCAGGUUCCUUGCUUUGCAUCAAUGUUAACUAAGAAGCUGCAUUUCCGCCCAAAGUCUAAGUAGCACAGGACAGAAGUAACAGAUCCACUUUUGUGUUUGCUGUAGAGGACGUAUCAAACCAAACUCACCACAUACUUGAAAUACUAGAUAGAGAGAAUUAGAGCGCAAUUCUGUACCCAUUUACCUGGGAGCAAGUAGACAUGUAUAGGACUGUGUUGUAAAAUGUACACUGUUUGAUUUACUUGAUAUCACACCAGCAUUGACAUUUUGUUCAACAGGCAGCACCAUAUAAUGUGGCUGCCUGCAACUCUUCAUACUUGGAGGUGUCAUGGGCAUUCCAUUGAGGGCUUCUACCAGCUAAGAUUUUUGCCUUGGAUCAUGAGGACACAGCUGAGGUGCUGCCAGAUUAUAUGGUGUUGUGGCAGAACCUCACUUCUCUCUUUGAACCUUGCAGCUGCAGCCAGUGCAGAAAGAACCAGGCUGGAUGCGAGGGUAGAGGAAGGACAUUCCAAAGAAAGAAUCCCACCUCUGACCUUGCAGUACAAUUCUGGGGUUGGAGUUGCGGGUGACGCCUCCCUAUGGCAGUCUAGAUGACAUGUAGCACUGCAAGACUGCAUCCUCAAAUCAGGUGUAACGUUAUGAAAUGGAAAGACUCAUGCAGUAAAAUGACAGCCAGCAAGAACGGUUUUCCUAUCCAUUUCGAAAGGUUUCAAAAUUCGGAACUCAACAGCACGGCACGUAGAAAUUCCAAAUAAAUAUUUUACACUGGCUGUGUAUGAAAUUAAUUAAUUUCAAAAUUUCAAAAUUAAUUUGAAAUUAAUUUCAAAAUAAAUAUGAAAUUUAACAUUCCAGGAUUAACUACUUUUUGAUGUACUGUAUUUGAAAUUGAUUAGAAGUCAACAUUACACUAGCCUCAGGGAGUUUUAGAAAAUAAAAGUCAGUGCUGACAUUUCAGUAAUAAGGGUAGAAGGGUAGAACUGAUCGUAUUUUUGCUGUUUGUUUACACUAAGUUACUCUUUAUAGCACAUUUUGUAAGUGAAAUUUGGUGCUUUUAAAUGGUUUUGAUAGUUCUGCUUAUACAUUUGCAAUAAUCUUCAGGGAUCACUACCUUAAUCCUUUCUGCUGGAUUGACCUCCCUGCCUCUUUUUGCCCAGUAUCACCUGAAUACUAUUAAGACUGAGUGGUGCAACCCUCACUGACAUUGCUCCAGUGAAUUGUUCAGGCUGGUUUGAUUAUUGCAGGCAACACCAGCCAUUUCUACACAGAUUGGGGAAUGCAGUAUCCAGGCUACCAAGCUGUGCUUGAAGUUUCUGAGGUCCUGAUAGUUCAACCUGAUGCUGAAGGAAAGCAUGUCAGUGCAGACGGGUUCUCUCGUGAGUCUUGUACAAGACAUUUUGUAUACUGUUUGUCCACUAAUCAUUUCAGCCUGGAAAAAAUGUCCAUGCAUGUGUAUGUUAAAUAUUUUGCAAGACAUGUUUUUCUUUUUGUAUAAAACCUUGAUCAGAAAAAUCAAACCAAACAAUUAUGUAUUUUUAUUUACCUUAUUAUGAAAAUUACAUUCAAAUAGAGGAGCCAUAGAAUAAAAAAAAAUAAACAGUUAAAAA